UUCUCUUCUUUUUCUUUCUUUCUUUCAUCUUAUUACAUGGCACCAUCAUCAGCAUCAGGUUCUUCAACAGAUCAAACAAUCACAGUUGAAAAAAGUAUUUCAAGAACAAGAUUUGCAGAGCUGGGAAUUAAUUCAUGGCCCAAAUGGGCUUGUCCUCCUGGGAAGUACAAGCUGAAAUACAAUUCACAACAGACAUGCCAUUUGGUGAGAGGGAAAGUGAAGGUUUAUUCCGACGACUCGUCUUCUCCGGCGGUGGAGUUUUGUGCCGGCGACCUUGUCACCAUUCCCAGUGGACUCAGUUGCACUUGGGAUGUAAUGGCUUCGGUGGACAUGCAUUACAAAUUUGAGCCCUCUCCUGCACCUUCGUCUCCUCCUUCUCAUUCUUGAUCUCAUCAGAUGAAUAAUGCAUCGAAGAAAAGAAAUUUUUAUUUUAUCAAAUAUAUGCUGGCUAAUAUUUUUUUUUCAUCUAGGAAAAAUAAUAAUUAUAUAAUUUAGUUUAAUAUAUUGAUAUUUAAACUCGCAUGUUAUUAUUUCCCCGUUUCGUCAUAGCAUUAGAAAGAAGAGAAGGAGCAUGCAUGCAAUUGCACUAAAAGAAUAAAAUAAAUGAGGAGGUGCAGUGCAUGCAUUUUUCAUGUUUGUUUGACUGGUCAGAUUUGACCAUUACCAUCAAUCUAUCUUAUAAUACUUAAAUAAAAUUAAAGAUGCAGCAAU